AUGAAUAGACCAAAAGCAUUCCCAAUAUCUCUAGUGGCGUUGAGUCAGACACUAUCAGUAUUUCAUUGGUUGGUAUCAAUCUCUGGAUCUAUGAUCCGUGCCACUCUGCCUUUGGUAUGUCUAGCUUUCCUUUUCACUUUCGCAACUAUGGUUGACUCGAUACCUCCAGACCUGCAAGUUGCUAUCAUUGUAUACGAUGGAUUCAUGCCAACGAUGCAAGAUACCCUUCUACCAGCCUUUCAAUCUCUUGGUUCAACUAGGUUUCAAGAAGCUCAAAACCAUCAAAAGUAUUGUAUGCUUGGUCGAAAGGGUGGUGGCAGAACUCUCGAAAAUUAUGGCAAGUGUGAAUUUGGAGGAGUUAGUAUCUCUGCAUUCUUGACAAAAGAGAAUGUCCCAAAUUGUCCAUUCCCUGGAUCAAUGAAUGAUAAUGUUAUAGCCCAAACGACUAAUCCAUUGGUUCUUUGUACAUUGAACGAAGAACAUUUGCUUGGAGACAGGGUUUACCAGGGAUUUAGACGUAUUGUAGUCCCUCACAAAAAGAGAGUAAAUGUACCAUUGACCACCGAACAAAAGGAAAGAAAUGAACAUGUUGCACAAAACAGGGUGGUAGUGGAUAAAUAUUUGGAAAAUUUAAAAGUGUUUGGUUGUUUUAACAAACCAUGGAGAUCUUCUAUCGAACAGCUCACAAAAGCUUUCUAUAUUAUCAACUAUGUCGUUAAUUUUGAGAUGGAUAAUGGUCUAAGAUGGACUCGUAGCUCAAACACUGUAAAUCAAAUCGAGCCUAGACCUGUACAGGUAGCAGCCAUGAGACCAACUCGAGCCAGUAUGGCUCCACCACCACCACUUGUGGCAGUUGAUACGAGAUCACUUGGAAGUAGCAUGCCCCCACCUCCAAUAGAGUCAACACCAACAACUAGAGUACCAAAUAUUUUAGAUCUUAUACCCAUUCCCUCCUCAACCACCAUCCCCAUUGUUGUCGAAUCAACAUCUGCUACUUCACAUGAACCCAAAAGAAAAAGAUAUUCUUAUACUGGAGAUUUACUAUCAGUUGAUGAAACUAUUGCUAGAACCAUUGAUGGUUUGUUGAAUUAUGAUAUGCAUUGUUUUGUUGGUUUUGUCGAUUGA